AACCUUAUUCCAGUCAAAUUUUGACAGUUUGCCAUGUUGUCAUUGUAAUUAACCUCAUAUUAUGAACGCUUAUUUAAUCAAAUUAAUAACAGAACCGUAUUAUGUCUUUUUCUGGAUUUAGUGAAGAUGAUAUUCGUAAAAUAGCAAAAGGUCAUGACGUUAAUAAACAAAAAGGAUACCAGAAAACUUCCCUGAAGAAGGUUAGUUUCAAAGCGAGCCAUAAUGUGAGCACAUCUUCAAGAUCUAAAUCUUUACAUAACACUAAUACUGCUAGAAAUAAUACCGCCCAAGAAAUAUCUGAGAACGCCAAACUAAGUAUUCAAGAUAAACCUAAUGAUGUAGCUGAUGAUAUUAAGAAAACGCAACCAAAUCAACCAGCCAUAGAAGAAAAAUCAGACAAACUGAUAACUGAAACCGAUGAAACGAAAACUGAGCCUGUAAAAGAUGAAAAGAAAUUCAGAGACCUAGAUGAAUUUGAAGCAAGGCAAAAAUUAAUCGAAGAACAAAAUAGGAAACGCAAAGAACUAUUAGCUAAAGCGUUGGCAGACAGGACCAAAAGAACACAAGAGGAAGCGCAAAAGCUGAACGAAAUCCAACAAGAAUUUCAAAAAUUAGAUGCUAUGCUUUCUUGUGAUGUUAAAAUUUUGAGAAAGCAAAUUGAACUUGCCAGUAUAGAGUACAUGGAAUGUCAAAAAAAGUAUCACAAAGUAGAGAAAGAAUUUCUGGAGGCAAAAUGUUUGCUACACCAGAAACAAGAAAGGAAAGAAAUGUUAACUGAACAUUUGUGCGCGAUCAUAGAGAAGAAUGAAGAACGAAAGGCUGAAAAAUUGAAUGAAUUGAUGCAACGGUUGCAGCUAUCACCAGCAGAAGCUAAUCAGAAUGAAGAAAAUGUAACAGUGCAAAGCAAUACGAACAAAGAAAAUGAUGUAGGUAAUCCAUAAUAAGUGCAAUUUUAGGAAUUUUAUUGUGUUUUUUAUUGUAACCGCCGAAGUUUUGUAACGCGUUUUAAUAAAAAAAUUCCUGUAGAAA